GCCCGGACCGCAGGCUUCUGGACCAAGCGACCCGUCUUGUAGGAGCUCUUAAAGGGAGAAUCGGCCUGCUCCACGCCUUUUCUGUGGAGAUCUGGUGUGGAAACUGAGGCGGGGGAGGGGCGGAGCCUGGGCACUAGGCCUGAUGUCUUGUCCAAGGCCAGAUAGCACGAAAGCCGGCUCUAGAAUCCGGAGUAGAGACGCCCGUGGCCUCAGAGACGCGGUCGGUGGACCUGACUGAAGGCGACGCCGUUGCCUCAGCAAUCGUUUUUUGACCUUAUGUUCCAGAGGAAGUUCCUGGUGUGAUCUGUGGCGGCGGUAACGGCACGGCCCUGAAGACCGAAUUCCCAAAAGAUCAAGGCCAGACCUUGUGCUCUGGCAGCAGGGUGGUAUGAGAAAUGAAGCCAAUGGGUAGAGACCCAAGGAUCUUAUCUCUAGCUGCUGAAGUUGCAAUAAGUCCUGAGCAGAAUGUCCCUGUUAUACUGUUGAAGUUAAAAGAAAUAAUAAACAACACACCUUUUGGAAGCUCAGAGUUGAAGAAAGUCAAACAAGAUAUAUAUUGUUAUGAUCUCAUUCAGUAUUGCCUCUUGGUCCUCAGUCAAGAUUGUUCUCGAAUCCAGGGUGGUUGGACUACAAUUUCCCAGCUUACACAGAUAUUAAGCCAUUGCUGUGUGGGUUUGGAACCAGGAGAAGAUGCAGAGGAAUUUUACAAUGAAUUGCUUCCAUCUGCUGUAGAAAAUUUUCUGGUUUUGGGGAGGCAAUUGCAAACAUGUUUCAUCAACGCAGCUAAGGGUGAAGAAAAAGAUGCAUUACUACACUCUUUUGAAAUUGUGACUGAUUCUCUCUUCUGGCUAUUGGGAGGACAUGUUCAACUCAUCCAGAAUGUACUGCGAAGUGAUCAUUUCUUGCACUUACUACAAACUGACAAUGUUCAGGUAGGAUCUACGGUCAUGACCAUGCUACAGAACAUACUACAGAUCAACAGUGGUGAUUUACUCAGAAUAGAAGUGAAAACCCUGCAUUCAAUUUUAGAUGAAGUUGUUUUCAAACUUUUAUCAACUCCUAGUCCAGUCAUAAGAAGUACUGCUACAAGGCUCCUACUGUUGAUGGCUAAAUCCCAUCAGGAAAUUUUGAUUUUACUGAGACUAAGUGCCUGCUACAAAGGACUCAGAAGUCUACUAAAUAAACAAGAGCCUGGGACAGAGUUUAGUCAAGAACUUAGACAGCUCAUUGGUCUUUUAAGCCCUAAGGUCUAUCAGGAAGUAGAAGAGCAGAAACUGCAUCAAGCAGCUUGCUUGAUUCAAGCUUAUUGGAAGGGUUUCCAGACUAGAAAGAGAUUAAAGAAGCUUCCAUCUGCUGUGAUUACUUUGCAGAGGAGUUUCAGAUCUAAGCGAACAAAGAUGUUACUGAAGCUAAGUAGACAGAAGGAAGAAGAGGACUGCAGAUUACAACUGCAACUUCAAAGGCAGAGAGCCAUGAGACUUUCCCGAGAAUUACGGCUGAGUAUGCUUGAAAUAGUUCAUCCAGGUCAGGUGGAAAAACAUAAUCGGGAAAUAGAAGAGAAAUCAGCAUUGAUUAUCCAGAAACAUUGGAGAGGGUACAGGGAAAGGAAGAAUUUUCGCCAACAGAGGCCAUCUCUUGUGGAGUAUAAAGCAGCUGUCACACUUCAAAGAGCAACUCUUAAAUUCCUAGCAAAGUGCCGUAAGAAAAAGAAACUAUUUGCUCCUUGGCAAGGACUCAGAGAACUCACUGAUGCACGCAGAGUUGAACUGAAGCAACAAGUGGAUGACUAUAUCAGAAGACAUCCCGGCUCUGAGGUAUCAGAUGUGAUCAGCAGGGAGCUCCAUUCCCAAGCACAAGAACGACUGCAACACUACUUCAUGGGCAGGGCUCUAGAAGAGAGAGCCCAACAGCACAGGGAGGCACUGAUGGCUCGGAUCAACACCAACAUCGAACAGUUGAUGAAAGCACCAAGUCUGAAGGAGGCAGAAGGAAAAGAACCUGAGCUCUUCCUAAGCAGAUCCAGGCCUGUGGCAGCCAAGGCCAAGCAGGCCCAUCUUACCACCCUGAAGCAUAUACAAGCACCCUGGUGGAAGAAGCUUGGGGAAGAGGCAAGAGAUGAGAUUGAUGUCCCAAAGGAUGAACUUAGUAUAGAAUUAGGAACUUUAUUCAUUGGUGGAACCAAACCCCCUUAAGGGAGUUACCUGGAGGAAUGACAAAUUAUAUUUCUAGAGAUUAUAUGGGUUCUGCCUCUGACAUGCUAGUAGACUAGCGUUAUCCUAACUCAUGGUUUUCCAGAGGUUCCUCUCCAAACAAGACUUGAAGGCAGUAAGCAGAGUUAUCUUCUACCUUGAUUUCAGUUCUUUUUCUUUAUCCAUACUUCCAUCCUUGGCCACACAUAAAAAUUGGUAUGACUUUUAUUAUGGAACUAAACUCAGCAUUGUAUUCUAUUGCAUAUAUGAAAUGUGAUAUUUCUAUUUUUGUUUCUGCUGUUUUCCAACUAAAGGUGUUUUCUGAAUAUUUUCAACAAUUGUUCUGAAAAACUUGUCAGGGUUACUUCAGCUUUUCACACUUAUUGAUUUUUCUAUUAAUAUAGGAAAUGUGCUCUUGGCAUUUAUUAUGGUGAGGAAAAGAAGUGGUCAUUUGAAAGACAUUUGACUAUUUUCGACCAAACAGUGUUUGAACUCAAUUUGUAUCUUGUUAUUUCUAAAAGGAACUACAUUAAAAAGUCCUCCUAGGAUUCAGUGCAAGAAAAAUUUCUCCUGAUAAAAUUGCAUUCUUUGUAUUAAACUAAGAGAACUAUAUAACACACUAUUUGCAUUUUGAUUUGUCUCUUAGGAAUCUCAGAGCUAAAACAAUGCUUACUUUCUGUUACGAUUCUCAAUACCUACAUGAUUAUUUGGUUCCAAUCUAAUAAUUUCUGAUUUUCCUGUUUAUCUUUAACUGUGUUUUAAUACCAGAAGCCACCUCUAUGUUUGUGCUAAUAUGGAAUUUAAGUUAAAAUCAAUUAAAUCAUUGACUCUGUAUCAUAAGGAACCUGGAGUGUGCUUUUUCUAUAAAUGAGUAGGAAAACCAGUAUUUCUGGAUAAGAAGACCAAAUACUAUAAUGUUGUUCAUCCCACCAAAGUUAGUUUAGUAAAAUUCUAGUCAAGAUUCUAAUGUAAUUGUUAUUCAUAAUUGAAAAUGAAUAAAAUUCAUUUGUAAGAAUAA